AUGACUCUCCCUUCCGAUCGAGUACAGCUGCUAUUUGAAAGACAGUUGGAGUUUUUAGUCAAAUUACGCACGCAGCUGUUAAAUCACUCAUGCUUUGGAGAUGCAACGGAAGUGGAGGGAUUGAUCUCUCAACUGCACACAGAGCUGGAAAAUGAUUGCAGCCCCAAUGAAUCCCCGAUAAACCGUAUUUCAAACGGUACAACAGUCACUCAAGAUUCGCCCAGUGGUCCAGUCCUCUCCAUUCCAGAAACAUGCCCGGUAAUGGACUCAAACUCCAUUAUCCCCAAAACAGCAUGUGCAGACGGUGACUUAUCCAGCUCACAAACACACUCCCUGGUAAAUGCUCAUAGAAUUGUCGCAAUAACCACCCAUGAAACAGAAAACAAAUCGAGCAGUACACUGAAUACAACUGCUUCAAAUGGUUCUCAUCAGUCUGCGACAGAUGUUUUUGACAAAUCUUAUUAUCAAGAUUCUCUUUUACCAGAAAAUAUGUCAGAUGCAUCAAAUGAUGAUCAAAAACUUAAUACAAUUUUGAUAGAUGCUAAUUACCUUGAUGAUCCAUUAUCUACAAAUAAGAUUCCAAAUAAAUUUGGUCACAAUAUUUCAGAAGAAUUAAACUUCGAACACCUCAUAUCAAGUGUCGUUCAGCCUCAAGACUUAGUCACUUUCAGUCAAUUCUCUGUUCAGUGCGAUAAAUAUGUCUUAAACAAAUUCAAGUUAAUUAUAACGUGGGCAUAUGAGGAUCCAACACUGUUUCGUGGGGGAGGAUGGACCUGGAAAACUUAA